AUAAACACACACUGUCUCCCUUCCAGGCAAAACAACUGCCGAUAUGAAACACAAUAUCUCACUGACUUGCCGCCCCUCUCGUUGUUUCCAAAGACACUGGCAGACAGAAAUAGACUCCUCUGUGUCUGUGCUGCCAUAAAUCGCUGCUGCCAACCACCCAGCCAGCCAGCAAGCCCUCCUGGCAGCUCCAGUCAUCUGCCUCUCUCCCACCCCUCCAUUUCCUCUCUUACUUUUAAUGGAGCCAUAUUUUCUCGAGUCAGGCUGUGGCUGCUGAUCUGUGCUUGUCAAUACGUUUCCUCUUGUUAAUUUUCUGCUUGGAUGUACGUCCGUGUUGCUCUAAUAGUCUGACUGUAUCUCACAGUUGUUCUCGUUGUGCCGGCAUGCGUGUUUUCCCUCUCUCGCUCCUUUGCUCUCCCUCCCCAUGUUGAUGUGUUUGUGCUGUAUGUCAUUAAUUUUGUUUCUCUCCUUCUAACUCCAUGUUUCGCUCUUAUUUCAAUUUCACAGAGGUCUUUUUGUUCCUAGCUCUGUCCUACACACAGAAAACUGGAAUGUACCAAAACCACACUAAAGACACCAACAACAACUGCCAAAAAAGCCUUCUCUGUGGUCAAAAGGAAAAGCUCAUCCAGGCUAUUAAAAGAAUCAAGCAUGAGGUAGAUGAGUGCAGAGAAGCAGAAAGAGAGACAUACAUAGAAUCAGUGGAAGUAGAGAACAGGUUUGAUGACCUAGAAAGGGAAAUCAGAGCAGAGUUUCAGAACCUCCACCGCUUCCUGGAUGAGGAGGAGUGUAGGGACCUGGAGCGACUGAGGAGGGAGAGACAGAAGCAACUGAAACAGCUGAAGGAGAGGGAGAAGAAGAUAGCGGGGCAAGGGCGAGAUCUGGAAAAAGCCAUCGCAGUGCUCAACAACAAGCUGACUGAAGAGGACAGUCCUAAGCUGCUGAAAGAAAUUCAAGAUCUCAUUAAAAGAUCUCAGGUCAGCUUUGUUCUCCCAGCGGAGGUGGACACAGAGGUUCGCUCUGGCCAGUUUGUCGGUCCCAUCCAGUACAGAAUAUGGAAACACAUGAAGAGCUGCCUCUACCCAAAUAUUACAUCAGUGACCUUUGACCCUGAAACAGCACACCCGAAUCUGACUCUCUCCCAGUCCUGCACUUCAGUUUGGUUCGACGAGGAUAAAGACACAAAAGACUUCCAGGCCAACCCGCGGCAGUUUCACUAUUACUACUGCACGCUGGGCCGUGAGGGCUUCACCACGGGGCGACACUACUGGGAGGUGGAGGUUGGGGGUAAGACGGCGUGGAGGUUGGGUGUGGCAAGAGAAGACGUCCCAAGAGGGGAGAUGUCUGCCACAGGCACCUCCAACGGCCUGUGGACCUUGGCACUGAAGAGCGGCUCUAUCCUAGCCUGCACUGACCCAGACCCGAUAAAGAUCCAGGUGUCGCUCUGCCUCGUCCGCAUUGGCGUCUUCUUGGACUGUGAAAAGGAGGAGGUGACUUUUUAUAAUGCCCUUACCAUGGCACCGAUCUACACCUUCUCCAUGGGCGCUGUGGAGGUACCUCUGUUUCCCUUUUACAACCCAUGUGACACAGAUUAUGGAAAGAAUACGGCACCACUGAACAUCUUUAUCCCUUCCCUAUAAGAAGCUGGAACCGGACAUUAAGACAUUAGCAGAAUUAAUUGGCAAUGAUUUCAUCAUGAUUUUUCAUUUUUAAAGCACCUCUCCAACUGGAUUACUUAACAUCUUACUCAAGAGUAUAUUGGCUAGAUCAGUCAAAAAUAAAAUUAAUAGUUGCUACACUGAUUCUAUUAUGUCUCCCAUUAUAAGAUAAAGAAAGUGCCUCUCAUUGAUUAUGCACUUAUUUCCUGGUAAAAGAGGGUUUAAAUGGAAAAACUCAGUUAUGAAAUAAACACAGGUCACUGCUUCUGUAACUUUC